UUUUCAGUUUUAGUACGUCUCUCAACGUUUCAAUAGCCCCUACAGUUGUUCGGAAAGUAGAAACUGUUUGUUCGCUUUCCUAACGUGAGAAAUUUUUCUAAUAAACAAAAGACAACAACAGUAGCCAUUUGUUUGUAGCAGCGGCUUCUUUUAGUGUUCACAAGAUGUGUCAAUGUGCCUGCGGAAGCGUUUCGUAUGCUCUGGCCUAUGGUCCUGUUGGCCCAGCCUUGCCUGCGAUGAACUAUCAAAACUGUUGUUGCGGCCCUUGCCCGCCCUGCGGUCCCUGGACAUGUCCGCCGAAUCGAUGCCGCUGCUGCGGCGAAUGUGGAUGUUUUGGUCCGUUCUAUUAGCGCAUUGAACAUGCGGGGCAAUGAUAUGAAAUUUCUUGCGUGCGGAAGGCGACUUGGUUUUCUUUUGCUUUGAUAUCGUUUUGGGUUACUAAUAAAAUUAUUUGUUUUACAAAAUA